AAGCAUUUCAUUUUCAAUUAAAAUUCCUUGAUCAGAUUCUCUCCACUCAAAUUCGCCGGCUAUUUAAAAACAAAAAAGCUCUCGAAAACUUCACCAAACUCCGAUCAAUCCUUCGAAAUCAGAACUAAUGGCUGAAUCUCCGGCGGGAAAUGGAAGCGCGACGCUGUUCUCUCCGUACAGGAUGAGCAAGUUCAAUCUCUCUCACAGGGUGGUGCUUGCGCCGAUGACGAGGUGCAGAGCUUUGAACGGGAUUCCGGGGCCGGCGCUGGCCGAGUAUUACAGGCAGAGGUCGACCGACGGCGGAUUUCUGAUCAGCGAGGGCACUUCGAUAUCCGCCACGGCCGCCGGGUUCCCACAUGUUCCUGGAAUUUACACUGAAGGACAGGUGGAAGCAUGGAAGCCAGUGGUGGAUGCUGUUCAUGCCAAAGGCAGCAUUAUUUUCUGUCAACUCUGGCACGUCGGCCGUGCUUCACAUCAAGUUUAUCAACCUGGUGGGAUGUCUCCCAUCUCGUCUACAAGCAGGCCCAUAUCGAAGAGGUGGAGAAUUCUGCUUCCAGAUGGCUCCUAUGGCAUUUAUCCAAACUCACGAGCUUUAGGAACUUAUGAAAUCGAGGCGGUGGUCGAGCAUUAUCGGCAGGCUGCAUUGAAUGCCAUUCAAGCAGGCUUCGAUGGGAUUGAGAUCCAUUCAGCCCAUGGCUACCUCCUUGACCAAUUCUUGAAGGAUGGUAUAAAUGAUAGAACCGAUCAGUUUGGAGGAUCUCUCACAAACAGGUCUAGAUUCCUAUUGAAGGUAGUUCGAGCGGUGGUUUCUGCCAUCGGAGUGUAUAGAGUCGGUGUCAGAAUUUCCCCAGCGAUCGACCACCUCGACGCAAUGGACUCCAAUCCUCUCAAGCUAGGACUACACGUUGUAGAUCAACUCAACAAACUACAACAAGAAGUUGGUGCAAAGCUCAGUUAUCUCCACGUGACGCAACCGCGGUACACAGCCUACGGCCAAACCGAGUCUGGCAGGCCCGGGAGCGAAGAUGAGGAAGCUGAGUUUAUGAGGACACUGAGAAGAGCUUAUCAAGGAACAUUCAUUUGCAGCGGCGGGUUCACCCGGGAACUGGGAAUGCAGGCAGUCGAGAGCGGAGACGCCGACUUGGUGUCGUAUGGCAGGCUUUUCAUUGCCAACCCUGACUUAGCUUUGAGAUUUAAGGUGAAUGCACCAUUGAAUAAGUAUGUUAGGAAGACUUUCUAUACACAAGAUCCUGUUGUUGGCUACACAGACUACCCAUUUCUGAGCAGCUCAAGUGGUGGAGAAGGCCCUCUUUCUCGCCUUUAAUUGGAAGUCUUUUGAGCAGAAGAUUGCUCAAGUAAGUUCUUAUUUUUGCUCAUUUUUUAGUGAAGAAAGUAUCUUCAUGAUCCUCAAAAGUGUUUAGAGAGAAUUUGAUGCUAAGUUGGGUACUGCAUAAUUGCGUAUAUAGUUAUUUCAAUAGUAAUUGUAAGUGUUUAGAGAGAAUUUGAUGCCAAGGUGGGUAGUGCAUAAUUUUGUACACAGUUAUUUCAAUAGUAUUUUGGCCUUGUUUGAGAA